UCAGAGGAUAUUGUAAGUUUUCAGCAGGGAAAGAGGAUUAUCAGAGAGAAUCUCUCCUCCUCUCUGUCUUCAGACCAUCUUCACUAUCAGUUGCAAGGCACACAACCUGCUAUGCAUUCCUCCAGUGUCAGAGAGGACCAGUGACUCUCUCUCACAUAGUUAGAGAGUUUCGUAAAAGGGAAACCAGGAAAUUACUUAUCAAGCUCAAGUUUUGCAGCGAUUUUAAUGCCAAGGUUUGGGGUGGAGAAUGAGGGAAGGCUAAAUCAAACACAGCAUCUGCAUACAUUAUAAUCGAGAGGCUCCAGCUGUUCGGAACUUUUUCAGACCAUCAUCAAGGAUGUUUGUGUUCCUCUAUGUCACAAGCUUCGCCAUCUAUACAAGUGGGCAAACUCUCCUCAGCCAUUUUAAAGGAGAAAAUUAUUCAACAAAAUACGUUUGUAGCAUACCUGGAUUGCCAGGUCCUGCAGGUCUUCCUGGAAGUCAAGGAUCACCUGGACCUCAUGGGCGCAUUGGUAUUCCAGGACGAGAUGGUAGAGAUGGCAGGAAGGGAGAAAAGGGUGAGAAAGGAAAUGCAGGUUUAAGAGGAAAGACUGGCCCCGUAGGACAACCGGGAAUGAAAGGAGACCAAGGAGAACCUGGUAAAAAAGGACCCAGUGGAUCAGGUGGUUUUAAAGGUGACAUAGGUCCUAUUGGCCUAGCAGGCUUGAAAGGAGAGAAAGGAGAAAGAGGAAAAACAGGCUUACCGGGAGUCUGUAAGUGUGGGAAUAUAAUACUGAAAUCUGCCUUCUCUGUUGGGAUUACCACAAGUUACCCAGAAGAAAGAAUACCAAUUGUCUUCAAUAAAGUACUAUUCAAUGAAGGAGGGCAUUACAAUCCUUCAAAUGGGAAGUUCAUAUGCGCCAUCCCAGGAAUUUAUUACUUCUCAUAUGAUAUCACUUUGGCAAAUAAACAUCUUGCCAUUGGCCUUGUCCAUAACGGAAAGUUCAGAAUAAAAACAUUUGAUGCCAAUACAGGAAACCACGAUGUAGCUUCUGGGUCAACAGUGAUUUAUCUUCAGCCAGAAGAUGAAGUAUGGCUUGAGAUCUUCUACACUGAUCAGAAUGGCCUCUUUGCUGAUCCCACAUGGGCAGACAGUCUGUUCUCAGGAUUUCUCUUAUAUGUUGAUACAGACUAUCUUGACACCCUGUCAGAUGAAGAUGAACUGUGAUGUUAGAAAUGGGUGAGGAGAUCUAAAUGAACAUAAGAAAAUGUACAGAAUAGGAUCAUCAUAAUUAAUACUACAAUACAACAAAGGAUUUUAGUUUGGAAUUUUGAUUUUGCAGUCAAGGAUCCAAAAGGAAAAGACUCAUUAUCUGUUUUCAUGGUUGAUUGUUGUUAUUUUUAUUCUACAGAUGGUUCUACUAAUUCAGUAGUUGUCUUCUCAAAAUUGUCUUCUCAAAAUAUGUUUAUAAUAAUAUUUAAACAAAUUUGAAAUGAAAUGCAUGAGGUUGGCUAA